AUGCUUUGAAUAAAAUAACAUUCUGUUUUAUUCCCCUCUUCUCCCCCCAGUGGCAGUGGCGAUGACGUCAGAGCCGGACUCGUGUUCGGAAGAGGAGCCGGACAGCGAGAUGCUCAGCGACGACCCGAGUUUCCAGGACAGUGAUGACGAGAGACAGAUGCGGGCACAGUCGGACCUACCCCCCGGCCUGCCUCUCCGAGCGCCCCGCAAGUUGUUCUCCAACUGCCGCGAGCGCUGGCGCCAGCAGAACGUGAGUGGAGCCUUCGCCGAGCUCCGGAGACUCGUGCCCACGCACCCGCCCGACAAGAAGCUGUCUAAGAGCACAGAAUAA